AUGGACACUGAAACUCAACCGCAAGAACAUGAUUUCGGCGCGCCUCAAUGGGCUGAGAUAGGAGGUGGAUAUGGUCCUUCUCAACAUCAAUCGCCAAUAAACGAGUUCAAUGGCUUUACCUAUGGCUCUUCACCGGUCAUGCCAGUAGAGCCCUCUUAUAGCAUGUCCAUUCCGCAACCGUAUACAUCGCAGCAAUUGCUGCCUCUGUCGACUCCAUCGCAAUGGCCUAGCAUGUUGACCACCCAGUCGACCUUCCCGCCAGUUCCUCUCCCGCCAAUGCCGAUUUCCUCUAUGCCUAAUUUACAUCCCAUCCAUACAGCACCAAUAACCACCACAGCUCCUACACCGCGACGGACUCUAACGGACAAUGAUCGACGCCGGAUGUGUAUGUAUCACGAGGAAAACCCACAUGUAAAACAAACAGAGAUUGGAGCUAUGUUCGGGGUGGAACGAAGCACCGUUUCCAAGGUUCUACGGCAAAAGGAAAAAUAUCUCUACCCGGACGAUGGCAGCCGUUCACCAAUAAAGAAGUCGAAAGGAAAAUUCCCGGACAUUGAACGGGCUCUGUCGAACUGGGUUAGGAAUCAUCAGCGCCAGGGUGGUCAGUUAAAUGAUGAGAUGAUCAAAGAGAAGGCUAUUUUCUUUGCGAGCACUGUUGGUGGCCCUGAAAACCACCAAAAGAUACUAAACUCCAAUUGGCUGGAGAAAUUCAAGCAGAAGAACUAUUUACGAAGCUCUCAGUCGCGGAAGGGUUCAAUUGAUGCAGUUAAUGAACUGGACAGUCCUGGAAAUGGACAAUCCAACGCAUCUUUGUCGAGCCAAACACUUUCUCCUCUAUCGCCAACCGGAACAACAACUCCUUCGCCUCUGUCCCCAAAACAGAAAUCAUCCAUAAAGGAGAGCCUUGAUGGUGCCUUGCCGGGGUAUAGCUCUGAAUUCCGGCAGCUCUCCCACUCGCAAAGUGCCAAUUCAGCGGACAGAAAACUCUCGCUUCCGACCAGCACAGCCAGUCCUACCCCUAUUGUCUUUUCGGAGAACCCUUUCAGUCCUGGAAAUCAAUCACGUGUCCAGCAAGAUUCGGGCAGCAAUUCCAGUCGUCCAAGAAGCCAGACAUUCCCAAUUGCCGUAACAGAACCUGUUGUCAACGGAUCGUCGGAUCAUGUGUCACCUAAAAAUGUCUUUCAGCCGUCCACGUCUCCAGAUGUUGCCGAUGAAGACCAUGGGAAUGCUCGCCCAUCAUCAAAUGAAUCCAUAAUCAAAAGGAACCGCAGCAAUCCAGAGAUCAAAACAAAUUCCAUGCAACCCCCACCCCCACCGCAGCCCACUACUGCCUCCCCCAUAUCGUCUCCUGGCUCUCCUACUCACGAUGAGGCACGCCGUGCUCUGGAGCUUGUUGUGACAUAUUUCAACAGCCAGCCGACUGGUCUGGGAGCACAGGACUAUGUCGCCAUCGGAAAGUUGAUGCAAAAGCUCGAGUUGCCUCAAAAUCAAGCUGCUGGACUAUCUGGACUGCAUCGCAUUGAUGAAAAUGCGGACGGUCACCGAGUGAGCAAGAAGAGAAGCAUUCACACGUUAUGA